AUGAUGCGCUCUUCGAUUUGUGGUGCGGGCGCUGACUGGUCACUUCUUCUCCUCAUCUUCUAUUUUGUUGGAAAUUCACAAUCAACUUCUUCUUUUCUGGCAUGGCAAAAAGCCAGCAGUCAGCAAAUUGAAGCAGCAAGAAUCAUUGGUUUUCGAGCCCGAUAUGUCUACACGCAGGCCAUCAAAUCUGAAGGAUUGACAGCAAAAGAUAGAAAACUUCUAUAUCUUGAUGGACUUCAAAAAUGUAACUCGAUUGAUGAUGAAUUGAUUUCUGGAAUUGAUAAGAAUGUUGUAAGACGAAGCUAUAGGAAGUCGGAUUCUGAUGUUUUAGAGAAGACGGGACUCAACAAGUUCUUCGCCGCUUUUGUAACUCUUCCUCCAGUUGAAAUGAAAAAAGUUGUGAAUUUCGCCUGUGCAAAACAUGAGCAACAACUCGAAUGUGGAUUACAAUAUGAAGGAGAAGAGAGAACAAAACAAAGAAUUGCAGAGCUUAUGGAGGAUGGAGGGAAUAAGCAAAUGUUUGAACAUGAAUGUGUCGAUGAAGAUUAUGCAACAAGAGUUUAUCCUUGUCUUGGAAGGACAGAAAACUGGAUUGGAGCAUGUGAAAAGGAAAUAUCAGAAUACUCCGUUCUUCGAGAAAAAGUGAAUAAUAAAAUCAACUCGGUCUAUAACUCAGCUAUCCAAACUGUCAAAUCGAUGAAAGAAAAUCGGGAGCAAGUCUUCACUGACACUAUGAAAUUCAUCAAUUAUGCAGAAGGGUCAAAAUGUCUUUCGUUUAAAAAGAUGCGAAUCUGUCUCCUUCAACAACUGGUUACUGUAUGUGGAGUGGAGACCGCCCGUGCAUUGAAUACAUCUCUUUCAGUUGGUUAUUUGACAACUGAGAGAUCUCCUCGACUUCAAUUGGAUUUCGACAAUUUCUCAUAUCCAGCUCAUCCAUUUUGUGAAAAGUUGUAG